ACACGACCUUUUCACAGGCAAAUUAUUUUAGGAGACAACGACUAAGUUAAUGCAGCAAGCAUUUUACUCAUUUGCGUUAUAGCCAACCUAUGUCAGAAGACGAUGUUUUAAGAAAUGUUAAGACUUUAGUUCAUAUUUGAAUGCGUCGAAAUCAUGCAGGAACGAUUACAUGCAGAUAUGAUUUCCCAUCGGACUGUUUUUUUGUAAAACAAGGGGAGCCAGAAUGGCGGAACUUUUGAAUUCGUAGUUUCGUGCAAGCGGGGUAUAUGUGUUUGAUCAGACAAUCGUAACAGUCCUCCGUUGUGUUUUUUUCUCCAGUUUUUUUCUACCGUCAUUCAAAAAUAAUUUUUAAACCAGCGACGAGAAACAAACAAACCGAUGUCAUGUUAAGUAACGGCAACCUUCAAACACGCUCAUCAAAAUCAGCACAACAUGAGUGCUCUUGGUGGUCCUCCUUUGAAAAGAAAAUGCUACAUGGGUCAACACAAGAUCAAGAAGAAAAAGUUCGAGGAGCCAGCACACAGUGACAACUUGUUAGAGCCAACCAAUUGUCUGCCAGGCAGAGGCGGCACAAUGGGGGGUGCGCUCGGAGAGGCCACACUGGCUCUUGAUGAAGAGAUUCUUAAUGUAAUGCAGGUGAACGACCCCGGGAAUACUGCGUCUGAUGCACAGAAGAAAGCACACGUUUGUGUAGACUCGGAAUUUCACAGUGUUCAGGAAAAUUCCUUGAAACAAAAAGUCAAGAAACCUUCUAGAAGAGCCAACUGCAAAGACCUCGCUCAGCGGCUUCUGUUCAGUGAGGACUUGGAGGAAUCACAACAGCCUGCUGGGUGUCAGAAAAGCAACAAUUCAGGACCAGCUUCUGCAUGCGUCAGAAAAUAUACAAAAAGUCACCAAGGGGAUGAAACGUCCACUUUGAGGCCGAAGCUUUGCUGUAACAAACAAGGACUUGAGAAUACGAGUGCAGGUCCAUCUCAUGAUGUUUCUGGGGACUACAUUUUGUUCAGUCCUACACACAUAGCUGCUGCUGUGAAGCGGGCUAAACUGCAGCAAUCAUCACAGAAUCAGUCCGCCUCCGUGCUGACGGUUCCCAGCGGCGUAGAGCCCGAUACUCUCAGUGACGCCUUACCUCAGCCAGGCUUGGCCUUGUGUGUUCCUGACACACAAUCGGACAAGCUGCUGUUAUCCAGUUGGGGUUUACCCACCCCAGUCUUGGAGUGUUACCACAAGCACAGAGUAACCCACAUGUUUGCCUGGCAGGCUGAGUGCCUCAGCCUUGGUCAGGUUCUGCAGGGAGGUAACCUGGUCUACUCUGCUCCAACAAGUGCUGGAAAGACUCUGGUGUCUGAGUUGCUGAUGCUGAAGCGCGUGUUGGAGACUAAAAGAAAAGCUCUCUUGAUUUUGCCAUUUGUUUCUGUGGCCAAAGAGAAAAUGCACUACCUUCAGAGCGUAUUUGAAACGGCGGGUGUGCGUGUGGAUGGCUACAUGGGAAGUACAUCAGCUGCUGGCGGUUUUACCGCUGUGGACGUGGCUGUCUGCACCAUAGAGAAGGCCAACUCUCUCAUUAACAGACUAAUGGAGGAAGACAACAUAGCUUUACUUGGUAUGGUCGUGGUGGAUGAGUUGCACAUGGUUGGAGAUUCCGGAAGGGGAUAUCUGCUUGAACUUCUCUUGACCAAAAUUCGCUACAUUGCACAGAAGCGCAACACCGCCGGGUCACUUUCUGAGGGGGUGCAGAUAGUAGGUAUGAGUGCCACUUUGCCCAACUUGUCCCUCCUGGCCAACUGGUUAGGUGCAGAGCUUUAUCAGACCGACUACCGACCGGUACCCUUGCAGGAGCGCCUUAAGUUGGGCUGCAGCAUCUACGACAAGAGCCUCUCUGUGGUUCGACACUUCACUCCAGCACUCCCAAUAAAGGGGGAUGAUGAGCACAUAGUCAGUUUGUGUUAUGAGACAGUGCGGGAGGGCCAUUCCGUGCUGCUGUUCUGCCCCUCCAAGAACUGGUGUGAGAAACUAGCCGACAGUAUUGCCAGAGAGUUCUUCAACCUCAAACAUACUGAACACGAGGGCGAAUUAGAACCCCAACCAGUGUGCUUGGAUCAGGAGGGACUAGUGGAUGUCAUAGCCCAAUUGAGUCGGACUCCAGCAGGAUUGGAUCCUAUUCUGAAACGCGCGGUGCCAUGGGGGGUGGCCUUUCACCAUGCUGGUCUGACAUUUGACGAACGUGACGUUUUGGAAGGGGCAUUUCGUCAGGGCAUGGUCAGGGUCUUGGCCGCCACCUCCACUCUCUCGUCAGGGGUCAAUCUCCCGGCCCGCAGGGUCAUCAUUCGAACCCCGACCUUCAAUGGACACCUGCUGGACCCGCUUACAUACAAACAGAUGGCUGGACGAGCAGGGAGGAAAGGAGUGGACACCACGGGUGAGAGUGUGCUGGUGUGUAAGGAGGCGGAGCGUCAGAAAGGUGUUAGUCUCCUUACAGGCGAUCUUCAGCCAAUCAGGAGCUGCUUAGUGAGAAGGCAGGGAGACGGUGUCACCACCAGCAUGCUGCGAGCCAUUCUGGAGAUCAUUGUGGGAGGAGUAGCCAGCACUCCCCAGGAUGUGAGGUUAUAUGCUUCAUGUUCACUUCUGGCCGCUGGCAUGAAAUGUAACAGCAAACAGGACUCACAGGAAGACAGCAACAGGGGGGCAAUUGAGGCCUGUGUUGAAUGGCUCAUGGAGAAUGAAUUUAUCAGUGUUCAGAAAGACGGUGAAGAAGAGCAAUACUGUCCCACUCAACUCGGUGCCGCCACUUUGUCCUCCUCCCUCUCUCCUACCGAGGCGCUGGGAAUAUUUGCGGAUCUGCAGCGGGCUAUGAAGGGCUUUGUGCUGGAAAACGACCUGCACAUUCUCUAUCUGAUCACCCCAUUGUAUGCAGAGUGGACUACAAUAGAUUGGUAUCAGUUCUUCUGUCUGUGGGAACAGCUGUCCACAUCGAUGAAGAGAGUGGCUGAGUUGGUGGGCGUCCAGGAGGGUUUCCUGGCUCGCUCAGUCGGCGCAAAACUUGUCGCCAAGACUGAGAAGCAAUGCAGACAAAUAGCAAUCCAUAAAAGGUUCUUCACCACUCUCGUACUGCACGAUCUGGUCAAAGAGGUACCAUUGGCAGCAGUGGCAUCCAAGUACAACUGCAAUCGUGGGCAGUUGCAGUCUCUCCAACAGUCUGCUGCCACAUAUGCAGGUAUGGUAACAAUGUUCUGUAGGCGUCUGGGUUGGGGUAACAUGGAGCUGCUGCUGUCGCAGUACCAGACUCGCCUGAGCUUCGGCAUCCAGCGUGAGCUUGUGGACCUGGUAAGGGUUUCCCUUCUGACUGCGACACGGGCCCGGGCGCUCUACGCACAAGGCUUGUGCACUGUCGCUGAACUAGCCAGGGCUUCAGUAGCCGAUGUGCAGAAAGCUCUGAGGAACGCUGUCCCAUUUAAGAGCUCCAAGCGUGCAGUGGAUGAGAACGAAGUGGAGGCUGUGGAGCGACGGAACCUCCGCUGCGUUUGGGUGAGUGGCGGGCGGGCGCUGACCGAGCAGGAAGCGGCCGUUGCGAUAGUAUCGGAGGCGAAGCUCCUUCUUCAGAGAGACUUGGCGCAGCUGGGCAUUCAGUGGGACCCAGCAGCGCUUCUCUCUUGUGCUCCCGCUGUCCGUAUCGCACAACAAGGUGAGACUGGUGUUGUUAAAGGCCACCAACAGGAAGAUACUGUUCAGAAAAAUACGAUGGUGGAUGCUAAUACGAUUGCACAGCGAUCUCAAGGAGAACCUAGAGGAGAUCACGGGACAUGCAAACCUGAGAUGACCGAUAUCGAAGCAGAACUAGAUAAGCAAAGCAAGGAAGAAUUGAGUGAGCAGAGAAAGGAAUCCAAAGCUGCAAACACAAAAAGUGAAGCUAAUCUGGAAAAGAGAGAUCCGAGAAGCCAGGAGGUAAAAACAUUAAUGCAGGAAGGAGUCCCAAUUCAAGUUUCAAUCAGAAAGGAAACACAUCAGCCUAAUGGUCCAGUAAAAAGUAUGACACAAGAAUUGGCUGAAAUUGUGUCCACCCCGAUGCAUCAACUCCAACAACCUUCUGAACCAGAUCUCGCACUAAUGCCUCUUCCUCGGUUGAGAGCACCAAGUGCCAAGUUAGAAGAAGACCCAAGUGGCCACUCAAAGACAUCAGACGAUGCUUCAAGGCUUGGCAUGUCACCUAUGCAGCCAGGGAAACUGAAGCAUUCAAGGAUCUUAAACAAAGUCCUUCAAUCCAUACAAACUGACAAAAAGCUACAAAAUUCAACUGGGCUGACUUCACAUGCCUUAAACGCCGCCGCUGAUCUUGCACCUGGCUCUGCUCAAAACGCUCUAACCAAACUUCAUCUGGACAAAGAAGAAGACGUGUCAGAGUCCUCUCGUCCUGCCUCACCCCCAGGAUCAUCGCCUGAGACCAAGCGAAGAUGGGCAGAGGCUGCAAAGGUGGACAUGUUUUCAUCUCCAGAGCUCUACAUAGGAGAGAAUCCAAGUGAAGAAGUGCGGCCAGAGGUCAAUCUGGGAGAAGAGACGUUUGGUGACAGUUUUGAAUUGGACACUCAGACUGAACGGAUAAUUCUCCAGCCAGUUAUAGAACACUGCGAUGGAAAUAAUGGACAUCCACAGGAUUUGAACGAUAGUGGUCAUCUUCAAAAUGAGGCAAUGGUAGAAGCCAACGUGGAGCAGGAUAUCGAAGACAGAGGAAGUGCCGGACUUGAAACCCUGAACAGCAAAUGCCCAUUGUUCAAUAUUUCUCUGACCGACAGCCAGAUGAAGCUCAUCCUUGACACCAGUCAUCAGAAUUCUGCUGUCGACAACGUGGAUGACGGUAACAAUAAUACUGGCGCCGGCGGUGCUGAGGAGGAUCCCAACAGAAGCAGCAGCUUCUUAUUUGACAGCCUGUAUGAGAACUCUCUGAGCCCACACCAGACAGACCAGGAUCGAUUAGCCUUCGAGGAGCAGGGCAGGCAGCAGGCGAGAAGCAUCCACCCCCAACUGUCCCCCCAAGAAAAACGUCGCAGCGAGGUCCUCUUCAACCAGGAAGUUGAGAAGCAUGAAGCGAUCCAGUGGGGUGGGUCUUCUUUCAACCUGUCCGAGUGGGGCGAUUCUUUACUGGUGGGAGAGCAUUUUCUGGAAAGACAGGAGGCCAAUCACAUGGAAGGUGAUGUUCUUCCUGAGGAUCACUUCACAUCUGCGCAAGCUGAGCCACAAUCUUUACUGCCCAGAACAAGCCAGGGAAGGCUGACUGAGGAAUGUAACAAGAAUGAACAGGAAGGUGAACUCAUCUCCCGACCAUCAGGUGAUAUCAUUUCAAAACAAUCACAUGCCGAUGUUGCACGUCAGAGCAGCUUUUACUGCAGUCCUGGUCUUCAGGAGAUCUUCGAUUGCUGGCCCAGUAUGUCUGAUCAACCUGUGCAAAACUGUACAUUGGGACACAUAAACAAUAAUAAGCAAAUUCCUCCAUCAUACCCUGUAGAGGCUCCCAAAAAGUCUCCUCCGUCCAUGCGGGGGAGGAAAAAAUGCCCAAGGCCGGUCAAUACAAACCCGGAGUCUGAUUCUGUUCAGCCACAACCAUCACGAGAGGCAACAGAGAGUGGAACGCAGAGGCCUGGCUCUGUUGCAGAUUUGAUACCCCCCACUCAGGAGACAGCACCUGUGACGCCCAGAAUAAAGUUAACCACUACGUCUAUCCAGUCGCCCCUCACCACCCAGCCGCUCAUUCAGUCGACCCCCUUGGGCGUCCUGCCUGGGAGACCUCCAAAAUAUUCUGCGAGUGAUCUAACGGGAGUUUUUCAUAAAUCCAAAAGCCAAAGUCCUUCUAAUGGCCCUGCUCUGCACCUUCCCUGUGAGAGUACAUCGCCGGACCCCUCCGAGGGCUUCUCUCUUCAGCUUUCACAAGAUGCAUCGUUCUCCUCCAGCAACUGUGGCACAUUCUCAAUCAUUGACGUUUCAAGUGACAAGCGCCUUUUCGAGACAUUUGUCAAGGAGUGGAAAACUAAAGAACGCUACUCUCUGGCUUUGGCCUGUGAAAGGGUCGAGCGCCAGCAGGAGCCAGAAGAGGAAAUAGGUGGGAAACAUAAGAGAGCGCAACAGAAGCUCCAAGGUGCUGAUGGUUUUCCUGUAAGAGGCAGUGAUGGACUGCUCCUGAUUGGACUGUCUGUCUGCUGGGGAGCAAGAGAUGCAUUCUACAUAUCCUUUCAGCGAAAGCAGAACAAAGGUUUGAGUUUAAGCCUUGCCCCUCCGGAUGUGGAUGACAGUUUGCCAGUAGGUGAGAGGCUUGAGCAUGUGAAAACCCUUCUCAGCCAGCCUUCAGCUGCAACGGUUGUCACGUAUGACAUCAUCCAGGUGUACAAAAAGCUGGUGUUGAGCUGCAGCAUCAGCUUGGAGGGAAACUGUGAAGAUCCCAAGGUGGCAUGCUGGCUGAUAGACCCUGGCACUGAGGAGAGGACUCUGGUCAAUAUGAUUACCGUCUACUGUCCAGAAGAGCUCCCUCUGUUGGAUGGCCUUGGGAAUGCGCACGCCCACUGUCCCCGUGUGAGGGCAGCGACCACUAGUGUGCUUGUAUACACCGCCAUGAACCAUCUCAAUACUCUACUCGACAAAGACGGUACACUCGAAUACUUCAGGAGCGUCGAGAUGCCUUCGCAUGUGUGUCUGGCUCUGCUGGAACUCAAUGGAGUGGGAUUCAGUGUUGACGAGUGUGAGAGACAAAAGCAUGUGAUGCAAGCCAAACUGGCAGCGCUGGAAUCUCAAGCCUACGAGCUGGCGGGACACGGCUUCUCCCUUACCAGCAUUGAUGACAUAGCGCAGGUUUUAUUCCUAGAGCUCCAUCUGCCUCCAAACGGUGACAUAAGCACAUCAAAGAGCAAGAAGACCCUCGGAUACACCCGCAGAGCCGGAGGGAGAGUUCGGCUGGGGAAGCAGUUCAGCACGACCAAGGAUGUUCUGGAGAAGCUCCGGCCUCUGCAUCCCCUCCCAGGCGUGAUUCUAGAGUGGAGGAGGAUCACCAAUGCUUUGACUAAAGUGGUGUUUCCACUGCAGAGGGAGAAGCAGUAUCACACUACACUGGCCAUGGAUAGAAUCUACCCCAUCGCCCAGACGCACACAGCUACAGGGCGAGUGAGCUUUACAGAGCCUAACAUACAGAAUGUGCCCAAAGACUUUGACAUUUGCAUGCCUACCGUAGUGGGAGAGAGCCCGUCUUCACAAGAUGGCCGCUACAAGAGCAAAUAUGGAAAGAAGAGACGUUCUUUAGCCCCGUCGGUUUCCACCAACGAGGCUGCCAAUCCAGGCCCGUCUUUCUCCGUCAGCAUGAGACAUGCUUUUGUACCCUUUUCAGGCGGGAUGAUAUUGGCGGUCGAUUACUCCCAGCUGGAGUUGAGGGUACUGGCUCACCUGUCCAAAGAUCAACGUCUUCUGCAGGUGCUAAAUGGGGGCGCCGACGUGUUUCGCUGCAUCGCCGCCGAAUGGAAAAGCAUCAACCCAGACACUGUCAACGACAACCUCAGACAGCAAGCCAAACAGAUUUGCUACGGCAUCAUUUACGGGAUGGGAGCCAAGUCUUUAGGGGAGCAGAUGGGCGUGGAGGAGAAUGACGCAGCUUGCUAUAUUGAGAGUUUCAAGGCCAGAUACAAAGGGAUCAACACUUUCCUCAGAGAAACGGUGAAGAAGUGCGUCAAGGAUGGUUACGUUCAAACUCUGAUGGGACGUCGCAGAUACCUUCCUGGGAUCACCAGCACAAAUCCUCAUGUCAAAGCACACGCGGAGCGUCAAGCAGUGAACACAACUGUCCAGGGCUCAGCAGCAGACAUCGUUAAACGAGCCACCGUCAACAUUCACAGGCGGCUGAGAAAAACAUACCCGAAAUCUCCACUCUCUCAUCAGCACACACAUGCAGGUACAGCGGGUCAUCUUCGGAGGGGCGCACACUUGAGAGGAGCCUACUUUGUCCUGCAGCUCCAUGACGAACUGUUUUAUGAAACUACAGAAGAGAAUCUCAUACAGGUGGCUCAGAUAGUGAAGAGGGAGAUGGAGGCAGCAGUAAAACUUUACGUGAAGCUAAAAGCCAAAGUCAAAGCAGGACCUAGCUGGGGGAAUUUGCAGGACUUGGAUAUUUAAUAUACUGUACUGUUCUGUGUAUAAUCUGUCAUAUUUAACUACAGAAUGAUGUUUUUAAUCAAUAGCAUAAAUAAUGAACUAGUAAUUGCAUUUUUAAAGGUAAAGGAAGUGGUGAACAUACUUAUUUGAAAACUGCCAAUUUGAGAUGUUUUUUAAACUGUACUGAUGAGUAUCUGAACAUGUAUAUCAAUGACACUAAGCAAUGAAAUAAAUUAAUCUUGACAAUA